AUGGUGCUGUACCUGCUACUUUUAGUGCUUUAUGCUACUCGUAUAACUAGUAUUCAACUUUGUCCCCUCCUUGGACCUAGCUGGCCUGCUCCCACAGAUCUCCCAAGCGAUCCUGCGUUCCAGUCGGCGUUGCAGAACAUCACGACGAAUAUUCAGGAUGCAGUUACCGCUGGAAACUUUUCUGGAGAUUCUCUAUCUUUGAUGAUAUUCGACACAAGUGAUUCUAGUUCAUUGCUCAAUUUGUCUAACACGGGCCAGACUAUAAAUACAACUAUCGGCGUCAGCAAGGUUGACGAGAAUACUGUGUUCCGCAUUGGCAGCGUUUCCAAGAUAUAUACUAUGCUUCUACUGCUGAUUGAAGAUGGCUUCAAUCCUUUUAACGAUCCAGUCUCUAGGUAUAUCCCGGAAAUCCGCGCGGCCACUGUCGCUCUUCUCGAGAAUUCCACGAAAAGGCAUGACGGAAUCGACUUUCUCAAGUGGAAUGAAGUGACGGUUGGAGAACUAGGAAGUCACUUAGCCGGUAUAGCAAGAGACUAUGGUAUCCUUGACCUCGCCCAGCAGGCUCCUUUACUUGAGUCACUAGGAUUUCCCGCUCUGCUCCCAGCGCAGAUUCCACCUUGCGGUUUUCCAAAUCCAUGCAGCAGGAAGCAGUUCUUUGAUGGUCUCCUCCAGGCACAUCCUAUUGUUCCCACAUCGGCAACACCAAUCUAUUCCAAUGCUGCCUUCCAGAUCCUUGGAUAUGUGGUGGAGACGCUUGCUGGUGAAGGUUUCGAAAAAGUAUUAGAGAAAGAGAUUAUCAAGAAACUGAAUCUGACCCAUACCUUCUACAAUACGCCCAGAACUUCGCUUGGGGUCAUCCCUAUUCCACAGGGAGAAUUCUGGUGGAAUUUCAAUCUUGGCGACGAGGGUCCUGCGGGUGGCCUCUACUCAUCCGCAAUGGAUUUGUCUAUCCUUGGCCGUGCCAUCCUCAAUAGCACCCUUCUUCCCCGGUCAAUCACAAGAAAGUGGAUGAAACCACUCACCCACACAUCAUCCCUGAACUACGCUGUUGGUGCACCUUGGGAGAUAUUGUCAUUCGGCAAUGAGCGCCCGAUUGACCUCUACACCGUCUCAGGGGACUUCAGCACAUACUCAUCUGUGCUGGCUCUGGACCCAGACCAUGUUAUUGGCUUCAAUGUACUUGCUGCUGGUAGCAACACCCAUGAGACAGUUGCGCUCGCCUCAGAUAUCGUUUCUGAAAGCCUACUCCCAGCACUUGACCAGGCCGCCAAGAACCAAGCGAAUGGGCGCUUCGCAGGGACAUACGCGCUCACCACCACCAACUCGUCAAUAACGAUCGACACAGACGAUGGACCUGCUCUGGUUGUCACAAACUGGAUCAACAACGGCACCGACAUGUUUCCAAGCUAUAUGAUCCUGUACGGCAUCUCCGAUCGCUCCCAAUUCAGCAUCCGGUUAUAUCCUACCGGUCUUCAGAGCCCAGGACAGCUUUCCUUCCGGGCUGUAAUUCCGCUACAGUUUCCGCCCGGAAUUGGGCCUUUCACCUCAUCUUGUAUCACCUGGGCGACUAUUGAUUUACAGGUGUACGGGAACAUAGGUGUUGACGAGUUUGUCUUCGAUUUCGAUGAGAGUGGCAAUGCAGCUAGUGUGUCUCCUAGGGCUUUGCGCACUAUCCUUCCAAAGAUUAGCUGA